GAAGGCCCCCAGGUUUUUAUUUAUUCCCAUAACCAACCCCCAUAUUAUAGGUAUUUACAAACCCACCCCCACGGUAACUCUCUUACCAGCUCCUCCUUCUAAUUCUUUCAUAAUAUAUUAUAUUCUCUGGUUCGAAAACGGAGUUCGCAGGAACCUCCGUUCAAAAUCAAAGGCCUCCUUUUCUUCAUCGCAUCCUCUUCUUUCCCUCCAAGUGACGGCGAUUUUCAGAUUGCCUUUCUCUUUGCAGCUCAUUUUUGUCUGCCUCCGAGCAGCCUCAGAUGGGGCAACAGGAUUCUGUGGACAAGGAGUCUCUUACGGAUACUUGCGAUAGUUACAUGAAUAGGGAUGGUGUUUCUACAAGUGGAAAUAUUCACAUGCCAACUAUAAAUAAUGAUGAAGCUAGAAGAAUGAAUGAGAAUAAAAGCGAUAAACAUAAUGUUCCACAUGUAUAUAGACGAGAUAUUGUAAAAAGCAAAGGCAGUGGUAUGAUAGGGAUUGUGACUGAAGUUGCUGGUGAUGCUGAUUCAGAUACUGACAUUACUGAUGAUGAAGAUGACUAUGAUGAUGGUGAGGAUGGUCUUGAUGAUGAUGGUUGUGAUGAUUAUGGGGAGAACGAAGGUCAAAACAAGGAAAACUAUGACGAUGACACUAAUGCUAAAAAUUCAAACAGAGAUAGUUAUAAGAAUCAACCCCUUACUGCUGAUGAAGUUCGAGUCCUCUGGAUGGAUGAAAGUGAGACUACUCAGAAUGUUAAUGAUUUAACAGUUAUAGAUAGGGGUUUUUUACAUGGUGAUUUUGUUGCUGCUGUUUCCAAUCCUACAGGGCAAGCAGGUGUUGUGGUAGAUGUAAAUAUCUCUGUUGACUUGUUAGUUCCUGAUGGAUCAGUUGUGAAAAAUAUAUCAUCUAAGGACUUGAUACGUGUGAGAGAUUUCACGGUGGGGGAUUAUGUGGUCCUUGGUCCGUGGUUGGGUAGAAUUGAUGAUAUCUUGGAUAAUGUGACUGUGAUGUUUGAUGAUGGCUCCAAGUGUAAAGUCACAAAGGCAGAGCCAUCGCGGCUCAAACCAGUUUCUAAGAAUAUCCUUGAAGAUGCAAGCUUUCCUUACUAUCCUGGCCAGCGGGUGAGGGCGAGUUCUUCAACAGUUUUUAAGAAUUCUAAAUGGCUUUCUGGUUUAUGGAAACCUAAUCGAUUGCAAGGUACUGUCACUAAAGUUACAGUUGGAUCAGUGUUCAUUUAUUGGAUAGCAUCUGCUGGAUAUGGACCAGAUUCUUCUACCACCCCAGCUGAAGAACAGAGUCCAAAGAACUUGAGACUAUUAACUUGUUUUUCACAUGUGAAUUGGCAAUUGGGUGACUGGUGUCUUCUUCCCUCCUCAUUCUCCUCUGGCUCGACUAAGGACUCAUCACAAACAGAACUUUCUGAUUCAGUGACCAAUACGUUAGAUUACGCACAAACAGUGGGAGCAUGCGAUUCAGAGGAUACUGUGCUAGAUGAAUUAAAUGGGAGAACUGAAUCCACUGAUCUUGACUCCAUUAGUGCAUGUAAUGGAAAUUAUAGGGAUCCAGAAUGUCAUAUUUUGCCGGAAUCUAGUAGUUCUAGAGCAACAAAGGAGAAUACCCAUGAGACUUGGCCUCUACAUCGCAAAAAAAUUCGUAAAGUUGUCAUCAGGAGAGAUAAGAAGGCUAGAAAGAAAGAUGACAAUUUUGAGAGGGCCCUUUUAAUCAUCAAUACUUCGACAAAAGUUGAUGUUGUAUGGCAGGAUGGCCGGACAGAACUUGCGCUGGAUUCAACUGGCUUGAUUCCAAUUAAUCCAGGUGAUCAUGAAUUUGUUCCAGAACAGUAUGUGGUUGAGAAGGCCUCUGAUAAUGAUGAUGAUGUUACAGAAAGCAGGCGAGUUGGAGUUGUGAAAAGUGUUCAUGCAAAUGAGCGAACAGCCUGUGUAAGGUGGUUAAAACCAGUCUCCAGGGCAGAGGAUCCUCGAGAAUUUGACAUAGAAGAAGUUGUUAGUGUGUAUGAGCUAGAAGGGCAUCCAGAUUAUGACUACUGUUAUGGUGAUGUUGUUGUUCGUUUGUCACCUGUUUCUGAUUCUAUAGAAGCUCUGUCUUCUGAAAACAAUACUGAAGAAUUAAAUCAUCAAAGUUCAACCAAUGGGGUGAUGAGUUGUACAGAAAAGGUUUCAGGAAGCCUGAAAAUAGAAUAUCCAUCAAGUAGUGAUGAUUUCUUUGACUUCUCAGAUCUCUCUUGGGUUGGAAAUAUAACGAAUCUUAAGAAUGGUGAUAUUGAAGUUUUUUGGGCCAAUGGCAUGGUUUCAACGGUUGGCCCUCAAGCAAUUUAUGUUGUUGGUCGAGAUGAUGAUGAUGAAUCAAUUGGUGCUGGAAGUGAAAUAAGUAACGGUGCUGCAAGUUGGGAAACAAUUGAUGAUGAUGAUGAUGAUGAUGAAAUGGAUGUUGAGAACGCCAAGGAGGAUAUUGAGCUGCAAGAUACUGGAGUGGAUUCUGAAGAGGAAGAGAGUGAACAGCAUAAUUCAGGAAGAAGUCUAGCUCUUUCUGUUCCACUUGCUGCGUUUCGAUUUGUUACCAGAUUGGCUACUGGAAUAUUCUCACGAGGACCAAGAAAUCGAGAAUCAAUGGAUUUGGAUUCCCACAGUGAAAGUGACACUCAAUCCUUGGAAAUUCAAGCUUUGGAGGAAAUAGAUUCUGGGCUUCAGUCUAGCUCUCUUAAAUCCAAUUCUUUUACUGCUUCUGAUAUGAACUCUGACUGUGGAAGAGGAGAGGACGAUGAUGCCUCAGAGCCAUCAAAAGUGUUAGUAUCAGCAGAAGCUUCAAGCAACCUGAGGACUGCUCAAUCAGAUGGGUCAACAUGCCAUGAGGAUGGCACCUGCAGCUUCAAGGGCUUUGAUAUCGCUAAAGAUCCUUUGGACCAUUAUUUUCUUGGUACGAAUGGUCAAACUAUUAACGGAAGGAAAUGGCUUAAGAAAAUCCAGCAAGAUUGGACUAUCCUCCAGAAUAAUCUUCCAGAUGGGAUAUACGUUCAAGUCUAUGAGGAUCGAAUGGACCUUUUAAGAGCCGUCAUUGUUGGGGCCUAUGGAACCCCUUACCAAGAUGGCCUUUUCUUCUUCGAUUUUCACCUCCCACCAGAUUAUCCCGACGUUCCUCCUUCAGCAUAUUAUCAUUCAGGUGGGUGGCGGAUAAAUCCCAAUCUUUAUGAGGAAGGCAAAGUGUGCCUUAGCCUUUUAAAUACUUGGACUGGCAGAGGAAAUGAAGUGUGGGAUCCAAAGUCCUCUAGCAUCCUUCAAGUGUUGGUAUCGCUCCAGGGGUUAGUGUUGAAUUCUAAACCAUAUUUUAAUGAAGCGGGAUAUGACAAACAAAUUGGGACAGCAGAAGGAGAGAAGAAUUCCUUGUCGUACAAUGAAAACACCUUCUUGUUGAACUGCAAGACAAUAAUGUAUCUUAUGAGGAAGCCUCCCAAGGACUUUGAAGAACUCGUUAAAGAACAUUUCAGGAAGCGUGGAUAUUACAUCCUGAAGGCCUGUGAUGCAUACAUGAAAGGUCACUUAAUUGGCUCUCUCACAGAAGAUGCCUCUAUAAGAGAAGAAAGCGAUCCCAACUCCACGUCAGUCGGGUUUAAGCUUAUGCUCGCUAAGAUUGUUCCGAAGCUGUUCUCGUCGUUGAACGAAGUCAGAGCUGAUUGUCGUGAUUUUAAGCAUUUUCAACAGUUGUAGCAUUACGAAAAACUCCAGAUGACAAGGUUGUCAUCAUUUACACAUAGCUGACAAGGUAAUCUUUUUCUUUUCUUUUCUUCUAUUCAUUCCCAUUCAUGUUAAAGCCUUCUUGUCUUUACCCAUUAUGAUCAAUGAUGCACCUUGUUUAUAAGUUUUGAACUGGGGGCCUCAUGAACUUCAAAAGCUUCCUAGAAUUCUAGGAUCUGGGUUUUUUGUGACAAUUCUUUGGUCUGUGAUCCAUUUUUUUCCUUAGAAAAAACGAAGGAAAGUCAAAUUACAUUGCAAGUUAGGAGUUCGUUGGUCUUGUUCUGUCGUAGGUUGUUUGUCCUAAAAUGGACUUUUUUUUAUCAUGAUUUUUAUUUUGUUGUACUUGCAUUUGAGUAUUGCUCAAAGAAAGUAAAAGAAGUAUAAUAUGUUGUAUUGUCUUACUAUUGUA